AUGCCCAUCACCGUUCCCCAAGCUACCGAGCUCAAGGACCUCUUCAGCCUUAAGGGCAAGGUCGUCAUCGUCACCGGUGCCUCCGGUCCCACCGGUAUUGGCACAGAGGCUGCCCGAGGAUGCGCUGAGUACGGUGCCGACCUCGCCAUCACCUACAACUCUCGCGCCGAGGGUGCCGAGAAGAACGCAAAGGAGAUGAGCGAGAAGUACGGUGUCAAGGUCAAGGCCUACAAGUGCCAGGUCAAUGAGUACGCUCAGUGCGAGAAGCUCGUCCAGGACGUCAUCAAGGACUUCGGCAAGGUCGAUGUCUUCAUCGCCAACGCCGGAAAGACUGCCGACAACGGUAUCCUCGACGCUACCGUUGAGCAGUGGAAUGAGGUCAUCCAGACCGACUUGACCGGUACCUUCAACUGCGCCCGUGCCGUCGGUCUCCACUUCCGCGAGCGCAAGACUGGCUCUCUCGUCAUCACCUCCUCCAUGUCCGGCCACAUUGCCAACUUCCCCCAGGAGCAGGCCUCCUACAACGUUGCUAAGGCUGGCUGCAUUCACCUCGCCAAGUCACUCGCCAACGAGUGGAGGGACUUUGCCCGUGUCAACUCCAUCUCCCCUGGAUACAUCGAUACUGGUCUCUCCGACUUCGUUCCACAGGACAUCCAGAAGCUGUGGCACUCCAUGAUCCCCAUGGGUCGUGACGCCAAGGCUACUGAGCUCAAGGGUGCCUACGUCUACUUCGCAUCGGAUGCCUCAUCCUACUGCACUGGUUCCGAUCUCCUCAUCGACGGUGGCUACUGCGUCAGGUAA